AUGUGGGAUCUUAGUAUUAAAAUGGCAAUUCUGACUUCAUGAUAUUUCACAGGUUUAAUCGACGUCUUACAGCUUCAUAAAAGAGAACACGAGGAGGCCAAAAGAGAAGAUGGUUGGUUUGACACCUUCUUUCCAGAGAAUCAUUUCCGGCCGUACAAGAAGAUUUCGGCAAUGGGGUUACGAGUAGAGCAGUUCGAUGAAUUUGUGCAUCCCAUGUUGGAGGGUAUAGAUAGUCAGAUACAUCUAAUGAGCUUGGAAGAAACGGAGCGUGGACGGGCCAACUUCGUGGAUAAUUAUGCAAUGGAUCUUUACACUCCAGAGGAGGCAGUAUCCCAGCGCAAUGCUUUUUGGGAGACGCAUACGGAGUAUUGCGUAGAACUAGAAGAAGCAGAUACGAAAAAUGCAGCAUUUCUAGCCGAACUUGAAUGGAUGGGCAGUUCAUAG